CUCUCUCUCUCUAUGUCCUCUCUCUCUAUGUCCUCUCUCUCUAUGUCCUCUCUCUCUAUGUCCUCUCUCUCUAUGUCCUCUCUCUCUAUGUCCUCUCUCUCUAUGUCCUCUCUCUCUAUGUCCUCUCUCUCUAUGUCCUCUCUCUCUGUUUCCUCUCUCCAGUCACCAGGUGUUUGAUGACAUGCCUAUCAAGGGUAUACGGUACCUGUCCCAUUCUACUGACUCUCUGUGCAAGACCAACCUGGUCAAUGAAUCUACAGAGUCACUCACAGACGAAGGCACAGAGAUGAUUGACAGUCAGCUAAUGGGGGAGUUUGAGGAAGACCUGAAAGAGCUGGAAGCAGACUCCUGGAGCAACGUUAUGGACAGCAACUUCCUCAAACAUCUGAAGAAGGACGUCAUCAAGAGACAGGAGGUCAUCUACGAGUUGAUGCAGACAGAGAUGCACCACGUGAGGACCCUGCUGAUCAUGAUGGAGGUGUACAGUAAGGGUCUUGUGAAGAAGCUGCAGCUGGAACCUCAGACAGUAGACAGGCUGUUCCCUGCCCUGGGGGAGCUCCUGGACCUCCACACCUCCUUCCUGACACGUCUCCUGGAGAGGAAGAGAGAGAGCCAGCUGGAGGGGGAGGACAGAGGAUUCAUCAUCAACAAGAUAGGAGACAUCCUGGAGACACAGUUCUCAGGGACCAAAGCAGCGAUAAUGAAGAGAGUCUACGGGAAGUUCUGCAGCCGCCACAACGAGGCCGUAAACAUCUACAAGGAGCUGCACUCCAAAGACAAACGCUUCCAGGCCUUCAUCAGGAAGAAGAUGAGUAGCAGUAUUGUCCGGAGGCUAGGUAUCCCAGAAUGCAUUCUGUUAGUCACCCAGAGGAUCACCAAGUACCCCGUCCUGAUGCAGAGAAUACUACAUCACACCAAAGAGAAUGAGGAAGACCAUGAUGACCUGAGUGAUGCUCUAUACCAGGUCAAGGAGGUCAUCACUGCAGUGGACAGCAAGGUGAACGAGCAUGAGAAGAAGAGGAGGCUGAAGGACAUCUACAGCCGAACAGACAGCAAGUCCAUUAUGAGGAUGAAGAGCGGUCAGAUGUUUGCUAGAGAGGACCUGCUCAGAGGGAGAAGAUUGCUGUAUGAUGGACCUCUGCAGCUGAAGAACUCACAGGGGAAACUCAAGGAUGUAACUGCCAUGCUUCUCUCUGAUAUCGUCGUCUUCCUACAGGAGAAAGACCAAAAAUUCGUCUUUGCCUCUCUGGACCAGCGCUCCACGGUCCUCUCCCUCCAGAAGCUGAUCGUUAGAGAGGUGGCUAACGAGGAGAAGGGUCUCUUCCUGAUAACAGCAGGGACGGAGAAACCAGAGAUGGUGGAGGUACACACUGCAACCAAGGAGGAACGCAACACCUGGAUGCAAAUCAUACAGGAGGCCAUGCAGUCCAUAGAGAAAUAUGAGGAUGAGGAGAACCCCAGUGAAACAGAGGAGGACAAGAGACUGCUGGAGACCAAAGCUAAGGAGAUGAGAGGUGAGGAGACUCCCUUGACCAUAGACCCCCUCAGCCACUCUCAGCCCAUCCCACCUAUCACCACAGACCCCCUCAGCCACACUCAGCCCAUCCCACCUAUCACCAUAGACCCCCUCAGCCACUCUCAGCCCAUCCCACCUAUCACCACAGACCCCCUCAGCCACUCUCAGCCCAUCCCACCUAUCACCACAGACCCCCUCAGCCACACUCAGCCCAUCCCUCCAAGAGACUGCUGGAGACCAAAGCUAAGGAGAUGAGAGGUGAGGAGACUCCCUUGACCAUAGACCCCCUC